CUACUCACCACGGUAAACUGCAACACAACAGAGUCAAUUCGAGUCAAUUGUUCGAUAGAUAUACAUAAUGGCGUCUAAUAAUGAUGUCUACCAAACGCCUCUCAACUCGCGUUAUUCGAGCAAUGAGAUGAAAUAUCUCUUUUCUCCUCGCAAUCGUUUCUCAACGUGGCGAUCAUUGUGGCUAUGGCUCGCUGAAGCCGAGAAGGAACUUGGCCUCCCCAUCAGCGACGAAGCAAUCUCCCAAAUGAAAGCGCACCUCAUCAUCCAAGACGACGAAUUUGCCGUUGCUGCCGAAGAAGAGAAACGCAGACGCCACGAUGUAAUGGCCCACGUCAAGGCCUUUGGCGAUGUUGCCCCUGCAGCUAGUGGAAUGAUCCACGUCGGCGCAACCAGCUGCUUUGUGACUGAUAACGCGGAUUUGAUUUUUUUGCGGGAUGGAUUGGAUAUUUUGAUUCCUAAGCUGGCGACUGUUAUUGAUAAACUUGCGGCGUUUGCGAAGGAGUAUAAGGAUCUUCCUUGUUUGGGGUUUACGCAUGGUCAGCCGGCUCAGUUGGUUACUGUUGGUAAACGAGCUGCUCUUUGGCUUCAGGAUCUUUUGAUGGAUCUUCGUAAUCUGGAGAGAGCCAGGAAGGAUCUCCGAUUCCGUGGUGUCAAGGGUACCACCGGUACCCAAGCAUCUUUCCUACAAAUCUUCAAUGGAGACCACGCCAAAGUCGAAAAACUCGACGAACUUGUCACUCAAAAAGCCGGCUUUGAGUCUGCGUUCAUUAUUUCCGGUCAAACAUACUCUCGCAAAAUCGACGUUGACGUCGCUAAUGCCCUGGGUUCAUUCGGAUCUACCUGUGAGCGUAUUGGAGGUGAUAUCCGUCAUCUCGCUAUGCUCAAGGAAGUAGAGGAGCCAUUUGAGAAGGAUCAGAUUGGAAGUAGUGCAAUGGCGUACAAGAGAAAUCCCAUGCGAUCUGAGCGUUUGUGCUCACUGGGAAGACAUCUCCAGAAUCUUCCCAAGGAUGCUUUGGAUACUUAUUCCGCGCAAUGGUUUGAGCGUUCUUUGGAUGACAGCGCUAUCCGACGCAUCAGUCUCCCAGAACUUUACCUCUGUGCAGAUGCUUGCUUGAUUCUUCUGAACAACGUCACAUCCGGCUUCGUCGUAUAUCCCGAAGUCAUCAGACGUCGAGUCCAGGAAGAACUUCCCUUCAUGGCUACUGAAAACAUAAUCAUGGCCUGCGUCGCAAAAGGCCUCUCCCGCCAAGACGCCCACGAAGAAAUUCGAGUCCUCUCCCACCAAGCAUCCGACAAUGUCAAAAAACAAGGAAAAUCAAACGAUCUAAUCGACCGUAUCCGUCGUACCGAAUUCUUUGCUCCUAUUAUCCCGCAACUCGACUCACUGCUUGAUCCCGCGACAUUUAUUGGUCGUGCACCGCAACAAGUUGAGAAGUUUGUGGCGACGGAGGUUGAGGAGGUCCUUAGACCUUAUAGGGAGAAGCUAGUGGUGGAUGUUGCGGAGUUGCAUGUUUAGUCCCUAAGAGAGUCUUUCUUUUUGGUGUGGGGGGGAGAAGAUAGAGGGAGGGAGAACGGUGGGAAAAAAAGAGGAUAUUUUAACCUAGAUUUUUACAUUGUGUAUUCGUCGGGUAUUUUGUGCUGUUUUAGUGCUGAAAGUAAUGAUAUGAUCUAUGAAUCUGG